CAACGGGGGGCGGGCGUUGGGAGAGAAAGAGUCUGUAAAGUUGGUUUCCGGGCGGCGCUGAGCCAGCUGGAUUUCCAGAGGGCGGGAAGGCGUGGCAGCGGUAGCCACGCCCCUCGGGCCGGGGUCUGGCGGGCGACGAAGGCGUGGAAGCAGGGGAAGGGGUUGGCGUAGUCGGGGACACAGGAGAGGGCGCUGUUGGAGAGGGAAUAGGGCCGCCCAGGGUGGAGGCAGGGGUAGGGUCUACAGGGGUUACCUGUGCGGCAGAGGAAAGGGGCGUAACCCGCAAGGAGGGCCGGGAAGGAGGCCACCUCCCGAAGGGUGGGUUGUGGGGGCACCGUAAAGGUUUGAGGCGACCCCAAAACCAAGUUGCAUAGGGCUGGGUAGGCUGGCAUAAUGUAGGUAAGGUGCAAGGAGCGCAGUCUGCGAAGCCGUGCCCUCUUCCUGCUCCUUGGGUUUCAAGAUGCAAAUCCCCGCCUCUCUGAGCCGCCUCCUCAUCUCCGGAGAACACCAGACACGCGGGAGGCCCAGGAUUGCCGUCAAGGUUGUUAGGUGAGGUGGCGUGUGUGCCAUCGAGCCCAGCGAUAUCCACACUGGCAGCAUGGUCAAUACGUUGUCCUGGUAGCUGUUACUGUGGGAUCUGUAGAGCGCGGGGGGUGUUGGCAGUGCCACUGAGCUGAAUGGGCACGGUCUGGCACGUUUUGUGACCAUAAAGGCAGCUUGAUGUGGAGGGGAAGUGGGCUUGGGGGACGCUGAGGUCAGGAAGGGUAGGAUAGGCAGCGAGGCCGUGGCGUGGCGAGGGCCGACUCGCGGUGUGACCCUAGUGGAGUGGCCCGAAGGAGGGCACGGCACGAGUGAGAGGUGGAGGACCGGGCGCGAGUCUGAGAGGGCUGGCGAGGGGUUUCCCGGGGAGGAGCUCGUCGGCCGCGGGCGGAGCUGGGGGUUGGGCCGGUUUAGGCUGAGCGCGUCUGCGGUGGAGCUCGGGCCCUCCCCGGGCUCUGCAGCCGCCAGCCGAAGCCAUGGACCGACCACCCCUCUUGCGUCUGGCUCUCCUGCUUCCCGGGAUCGCCAUAGCCCUCCGGCCGUCACUGAGAGCCCUGGGCAGCCUACAUUUAAACAGCCCCGCAUCCCGACCCGCAGUAGUCCUCAACUACUCAGUUCUUUACUUCCAACAGAAGGUUGAUCAUUUUGGAUUUAAUAACCCUAAAACUUUUAAACAACGUUACUUAAUAUCUGAUAAACACUGGCAGAGAGAUGGUGGAUCAAUACUUUUCUACACUGGUAAUGAAGGGGACAUUGUCUGGUUUUGCAAUAAUACGGGGUUCAUGUGGGAUGUGGCUGAGGAACUGAAAGCUAUGUUGGUGUUUGCUGAGCAUCGAUACUAUGGGGAAUCCCUCCCCUUUGGUGCGGACUCAUUCAAGGAUUCCAGACACUUGAAUUUUCUGACAUCAGAACAAGCUCUGGCUGAUUUUGCAGAGUUAAUUAGACAUUUGAAAAGAACCAUCCCAGGAGCUGGAGAUCAACCUGUCAUUGCCAUAGGGGGCUCUUAUGGUGGCAUGCUUGCAGCCUGGUUCAGAAUGAAAUAUCCUCACGUGGUGGUUGGAGCUCUUGCCGCUUCUGCUCCUAUCUGGCAGUUUGAGGAUUUGGUUCCUUGUAAUGUGUUUAUGAAGAUUGUAACUGCAGAUUUUAGGAAAAGUGGUCCAAAUUGUUCAGAGAGCAUCCGCAGGUCCUGGGAUGCUAUUAAUCGACUCUCAAAAACAGGCAGUGGUCUAUGGUGGCUUGCUCAAGCCCUUCACUUGUGUAGUCCUUUGACUUUAGACGACGUCCAACAUUUCAAAGAGUGGAUUUCUGAAACGUGGGUGAAUCUGGCUAUGGUGGACUACCCUUACGAGUCUAACUUUCUGCAGCCUUUGCCUGCUUGGCCUAUCAAGGUAGUGUGCCAGUAUUUGAAAAAUCCUAAUGUAUCUGAUUCACUGCUGCUGCAGAAUAUUUUCCAAGCUCUGAAUGUAUAUUAUAAUUAUUCAGGCCAGGCGAAAUGCCUGAAUAUUUCAGAAACAGCAACUAGCAGAUUGGGAAUCCUGGGCUGGAGUUAUCAGGCCUGCACAGAAAUGGUCAUGCCUUUUUGUGCUAAUGGUGUCGAUGACAUGUUUGAACCCUUCUUGUGGAACUUGAAGCAAUUCUCUGAUGAGUGUUUUAAUCAGUGGGGUGUGAGACCGAGGCCCUCCUGGAUCACUACCUUGUAUGGAGGCAGAAACAUUAGUUCACACUCAAACAUCAUUUUCAGCAAUGGUGACCUAGACCCCUGGUCAGGAGGUGGAGUAACCAAAGACAUCUCUGAUACGUUAGUUGCAAUCACCAUUCCAGAAGGGGCCCAUCAUUUAGAUCUCCGAGCCAACAAUGCCUACGAUCCUGCGUCUGUGCUGUCAGCACGCUCCUUGGAAGUUAGACACAUGAAGCAGUGGAUCAGAGGCUUCCAUGACAAUGCCAGAAGGCGGCACUGAACAACUUGGAUCAUUUUCAGUUUCUUUUAUGUUCCUUCCAUCCACAUUCCCAUUCACUUUGGUUUUCUACGUGUAAUUACUUUCUCUUGUUUGUCAUUAGAUUUGGUGGAGCUUAGGUUGGGGUGAAUGAAAGAGCGGGUGAUGGAGGUGGGAAUAGCAUCCCACCACUGGUAAUGCCUGGGUCCUCUCUGUCUUUGUGCUACCUCCCGGAAAAAUGUAAUCCUAACGUCUUCAGCACCAUCAAUGGGCCUUAUAAGUGGUGCAGAGUUCCUGACUGCCUUUCAUAAGAGACUCACUCCCUUUGUUUUUCUACAAGCAGGGAUUUCUCCUUGGUUUUGAGGUUGAAAUCUUUUUGGCCCAUUUGUAAGACCCCUCCUUGCCACACAGGAAAAAAAACCACAGAUAAAAAAUGAUGUAAUUGCAGCUGGUAGGAAGGAUGUCUGGUGCCAGUCCAGGAAAUGGGGCCCAUUUCUUUUAUACUUGAUUUAAUGACUUUGAACUGUACAGUAAAUAAAGAAUAAGGCCGGACCUUGUACCUAUGUGUUGCUUCUGAAGCUCAUUCCAGCUGUAGGGAAUGCAGGGUGCCUUAGGUUUGGCUGUUUUUGGAAAGUCCUUUAAUUUCUCUUUGUAAUUUGGCAACUUUUCUUAGUUCUGGGAUAUCUGCCACUGUGGUACUGCCAGUAAGAAAUUUGGCCUUUUCCUACUCCAUUUCUCUUUGUUUUGAAGGUCAGUUUUGUGAUAAUUUGGUUAA